GACAGAGGCCAUGACUGGUCCGGUGAAGCUGAGAGAAAGAGUCAAUCUAACCGACAAUGAAAGGCAAAUCUUCGACCUUCUUAUAGGUGCUCCCAAGGAAUCUAACCCCAAAACGCAGCUUCGCGUCGCCGGUGGUUGGGUGCGCGACAAGCUUCUGGGGAGAGAUUCUGAGGAUAUUGACAUAAGCCCUGUUCGUUUCGUCAUCGCUGAAAACAGCGGCAGCGUUCAAAAAAGUAGGGCAACGGAGACAAAAAAAAAUUAACAGAAUCAAAAGUUAAUUGCCGCAGAUUGAUUGCUGGAGACAUAAAAAAGGAGACGCCAGUGCCGCUGAAAUUUUGCUGUCACAUGUAUUGCUUCUUUAGUCUCUGCCGGGCCUACAUGGAAGCUAUGUGGAACCUAAUUCAGACACCUGGGCUCGUUAGCUUCAGUGGUGAAGAAAGAAGGCUUGCUCUUUACGCAGCUCUGUUUCUGCCGUUUAGAAAAACUAUCUACAAGGAUAACGAAGGGAAACUGGUUUCCGUUGUCAACUACAUCUUUAAGAAGUCUAUGAAGCGGAAGUUUAAGGACGCUGAAACAGUUAUCAGUAUACACCGUGCCGCGGAGAAGUUCAUGUCGUUGAUAAUUCCUCUUCAGUUUAAGAAUCCAUUACAACUGGAGAGACUUGAUUGGGCUAGUGAGAUUCUUGAGAUCUGUGAAUCCAUCUCCCUAUAUGAUCCACAGGUCCCUGCAACUUCGAAAUUAAGAGUACUCACUGGGUUUCUUCUUAGAGAUAUCAAAGGUUUCUGGCGCGUUGCCUUGUUAAUAUCAUUUCUGCUGUAUAAGGAUGAUGAUGGCAUGAGUCUUGAUCUUGACAAGAGACGAGAAUUUUAUCUAACGAUUCAGGAAACCAUCCGUGAACUGAGUCUUGAUAACAUUUGGGAUACAAAGCCUCUGAUGGAUGGAAAAGCGAUCAUUAAAGAAGUACAAAAGGGAAGACCGGUUACCGCAGAACAAGACAGAGGACCCAUUAUCCGUGAAUGGCAAAAGAAAUUGCUAACAUGGCAGCUAAGUUAUGACAAAGCCUCCGCAGCGGAAUGCAUCAAUUGGAUGAGACCAAAACGAACAAGGACUUGUGUGACUUCUAUACUAUUAAUCACAUCUUGCUUCUCUCUGUUCUUGUUGCUCUGUUUUGCAGGAAAAGAAAUUGUUAACAUGGCAGCUAUCUUAUGACAAAUCCUCCGCAGAGGCAUGCAUCAAUUGGAUGAGACAAAAACAAGCAAGGACUUGUGUGACUUCUGAACGUGGGGAAAGUUCGUGACAUUGCUGUUUAAGGCUAGAUGAUUAGUUGGUUUCCCUUACUAUAGGAAAAGAUAAAUCUUUCUUUUGUUCCAUUUUUUACGAGAAAACAGUCAAAACAUAUGAAGUUGUGUUGACCAAGCUAAAUUAGGUAUAAAUUAAGUUG